GAAUUGAGAAGUUUAGGACAACUGAACCACGAAUUCUAAUGUUUUAAUUUGAUGAACCAAUAUUAAGGUGAAGAAAAUAUAUUGUUUUAAAUUAGAGAAUGAAACGAAAUAAAAUACGAAUAGAGGGAAGGUUGGAGUAUUUACAUGGUCCAAAGUAGCGAUCGCAAUGAGAGGUGCGCCUGUUAAUUUUUGAUGUAGUAUUUCUGAAUGCUAUACAGUUAUAUUUUAUCGAGAGGCUUCAAUCACCAAUGAUCGUGCUUCCAAGUGAUCUCAUGUCGCUUUGUUGGGUUUUUAAUCCCGUAUUCACUAAGUGCAACCAUCUGUAGGACGAGGGGGUUCGACUUUGCUACCAUGCCGGCCGCUCGGCCCCAAGGCUCAGGCACUUAGCAACCGCUCGUCACGAUCAAUACCCCACGAAGAAACCUGGUUUUAAUGGCAUUUUCUCUCCAAUGCACAUGCAUGUGCUAUAAAUUAAUACAAAUUUGCUCAAACCAACUUCAUAAAUCAUUGGACGCUGCUGUUUAUAAGAUCGUCACGUCACUUUUGAAUAAUAGAGUGAUUUGAGGCAUCACCAUGGCAACCGGUCAAACACCACGGCUGCGGCGGGGAGAGAAGAAAAAAGAGUCUCUGAGUUGAUGGCUGGAAGAGAAAGAGAGAGACGAACGAACUUGAUAUGAAUGACUUUUGACCUUGUAUAUUCUACAAGUGCACCGUCCACCAUUCUGCUCAGAAGUGUACUUCAGAUCAGAGCGAGGAGAAAUAAUAGAUUGGUAUUGUGCGCGAAGACUGGGAGGAAAUAACAAGUGUUCUACGACCAAUGUUCUAUUGUGAUUUGCUUUCAAAGAUUUGACAACAAAACGUGGACAUCGAAAUACAGUCUGUGCAGGAAAGCAUUAGUAUUUUGUUCAGUCACUUUUUGCCAAGUUUUGUUUUUGAAUGUGGAUACAUGGGAAUGGAGUUUAUCACGGAACUGAAGUCUGCAGACUGCUGUUUGUAACAAUCUGAUUCUGUUAUGUUAAUGAGCUGGGGAAAGAAGAGCGACGGCAGUAUUAUUAGCGAUUUCGCCCUGCAAAUUGAUAAUUUCAAUUUGUCACAAAAAAACCUCGCAGAGUGUUCUGGAGAUGUGCUAUUGUAAUAAUACGCCCAGAGUCGGAAUGCAUCAAAAUUAAUCAGUGACACUGAAAGUACUUACUGAGCUAAUAAAACUGCGCCCAUCGUGAUUUUCAUUAAAGAUUGUUAUGAUUCAAUGAAACCAAAACGUGUGCAAUGUACUCAUAUAUCAGAAAAGCUUAGCCUGAUCCGUUGUUUUCAACCAAAUUGUCUCAUCGAUGGAUCCCAAAUCUAUAUAGAUGACAAAGUUUUGUUUGUAUGCAAUCAAUGGAAAGGGAUCUGUGACAAUGAUAAUGCUGAACAAAAUAUGAUUUCUGAUCGGCCAGUCCUUUGAAUUCGAGACGAUGACCCAGAGGCUGACCGAAGCCAUCGUUCGGCUUCGUUACCGCCAGAUAAAAGCUUUGCUAGACCAGGGGGUCAAUAUCAACAAUAAGCUGGACGAUGGUCGAACCCCACUGAUGGUUACCCUCGAUGUGCCCGAUGACGAAAAGCGAAGGCAUAUGUUCAGGUUUCUCGUACACCAUGGUGCCGAGAUGCUGGAAUCGGACAGUGAUGACGUCACAAUAUUUCAACAUUGCUGUCGUCUGGGGUUCCUGGAUCUGAUGGAGAUAAUCCUAAAGAAGGCCGGGGUGAGUGCCGUCAAUAUGAUGGGACGUGAUAAACAUGGUAGAAAUGCUUUGUACCAUGCAGUGGCCAGCGAGGAUGAAAUUAUAGUCAACAAGGUCCUGGAUCAUAUUGAUUUGAGACAGCAGAGCGUUGACGUGCCCGACAAUGACGGCUUGACGCCGCUUCUGUUCGCCAGGCGUCUGGGGUUGACGAACAUCGCUGACUUGCUCAUUAAGAGAGGCAAGGCCAACCCACGAAUAUGCGACCGACAGAUGCACAUGAACGCAGAGGAGUGGGCUGAAGCAGCGAGACGCAAGGAAGAAGAAGAGCAAGCCCAUGCCAAGAAAUUGGCGCGAGAACGUUACAUGAUCUUUCCUCCUAUAGACCAUGCCACGAAAAGGAAUGAAAGGAUCGCAAAGAUGAAAGCGAAAACAAUUUCCAUGCCAAAUCUUACCACGAAAAAUUUGAACAUCAGCACUUCAGUCUCGUCUUCGAUGUCAUCAUCCUUGCCGAAUAGUGCCUCGACGAUCGACAGCCAACCCUUGCGAUUGCCAAGCUUAUCUCAGUCGAACAAACACUCUCGACAUCCCUUCGCCAACGGCAACGACGUCGAUUUUCGAACAAAGUCCAUUGACUCCGCCAUCACACUGCUUGGACUUGCGUCACAAACAGCAGACGACAAGCAAUACGCGCAAUCGUUUGUAUCAAGCAGUCAACACAGGCCUGUCGGACAUGCGCAGAGCAAGAGCAGCAAUCGUCAAUUGCAGAGAACAUGGGCGACGGUGAUGGAUGCGUACUCGGUCCAAAAUACAGCAAAUUUUCGAAAGCCCGCCAAAGCGCCAAGUCUUCCCGAUAUAAACGCCGACAUGGACGCAUCGGGCCAACGGACAAAAAUGUCGACGCUUGCGAUUAUCAUGCGAGCGACGCGAGGAGUAGGGAAAGGCAAAAUGAAAAAUGGAAAACACAAAUUAAAAAGCAUUUCUGAGUCCAAAGACGAUGGCGAUCACGAGCACAGAGGGAAGCUUUCUCGACGUAAGACGUCAACGCUUUCGACAUCGUCUGUGCGUCCGGAUGGAAAAUCUACAGAGAUCAUGUCUUCUUUGCAAGAAGAUGAAACCGAAUGGGGUUCUAAGAACAAGAAGAAAAAAGACAGACAAAAUUCAUCUCACAAGAAUGAGCCGUUGCCAAAAAUAUCCGUGUCAUGAUCCUUUUCAGAAAGUAUACGCCUUCUCAAAAUACAAUUGUUAAUAAUGAUGUUUUAUAAUGAUACUGAGUUAUGAUAUGAAAUGUUGUAUUUCGUAUAAUGUACAUGUAUUUAUAUUAUAUGGUUUUAUGACUGGAAUCAAGCUCGCAGUCUACGAGAGCCGCGGCUAUAUUGACUUAAAAUAAUAUAUAGCGCAGAGCGGCCCUUAUAAUAUAUCGGGCAUCAUAAUUUGAAAGGACCGCUCCCACGUUUUUUUUAUAUCUUGAUUGGCCGUUUAGUAGUAUUACCAUGAUGUAGUUCCCGGGGGUGUCGCCAAGUUUUAAUUUCAGGGGUGCAAAACGACCUAAUCAGUGCCGUCAUUAAUUCCCCAAUAGAGGUUUAUUGGUUUUGACCUCUUUAAUUCAUAUCUUUUUGAAAUUAUCUUUUUCCUUUCGCUUCCAUUAUUGUCUCAUCCUUUCCCCCCGCCCCAUGGCCCCUGAUGAGAAACCACUUGGUAGUUUGAUAAUUUGAUGAAAGGGUUUAGGUAUAACAGUGCCUUUUAAUGGCCUUAUAAUUUGCUUACCUUAUACUUGCCAGUGUGACUAUUGCCAUGUCAUAGUCAGAAUUUCUCCAGUAGUCGUAUUUGAAUUACUGCAUAAAAAUAGUUUGAUUUUUCGAAUAACGGAAUAUGACUGACCAAUGUUUGAAAGAAUGAUCCCGUUGAACAAAAUGUCUUUAUAAGUUUCACACAUCACAAUAAAGAAUUAUUUUCUAUUUUUAAUAUUUGAUUUUCGUGCAAGUCAGAUUUAGGUGAAGUGUCAUGUGGCCCUCAAAUAUCGAAGACUUGUAAAAAAUCAUGUUUUUAAUGUAAUCAUAUGUGUAGAUCAUAAUACUGCUAAUGUCAAAAAUGUUCUCCGUAUUUCCAAAGAGCUCUAUAUACAUCAUGUAUAUUGUAAGUGUAACAUCAAUUCAAUUUUGCACUUUACAUUUAAACUCCAGAAAACUUGCAAUCCGCCCUUUUCCUCAUUGAAAUUUAUUUCCUUCUAUUAUUGUUAUUGCUUCGAAAUACAUCUUAUAAUUCUGUACCCAUUGAUUUUUCAACUAAAACAUGUUCAAGAAACCUUUGACUCCGCAUUUCAGCUGGUCUACCCUCGAUUAAAGAAUAAAGUGUACACUAAUGUAAAAAUCAUGUGCUUUGACAUAUUUCCUCAGAUAUAUUGGUUAUCUUUUCAGAACAAAUACUUUUCUUGAUUUCUUUAACUGAAAUUAAGUCAGAUCACAGAAUACCGUGCAAGAGUAAAAUCGUUAUAUUCGCUUCUGGAAUAACAUUGACUCAUACAGUUGAUACCAUUUCGGGUCAGGCAGAAUUGAAAAAAUUUAUUCUAAAUUUGUGUGUCGAAAACCAGAUGGUGUAAUAUAUAUGGAAGGAGAUAUUAACUGCAAUUGAGAUAUGAUAUUUGGAUUAAAACGGAAUGACUGAUUUUAUUUCAGAAUCAAAUUUAAAAAAACUUAAGCCGAUGCAAGUUGAUUUUAAUGGUUUGGUUCAUUUAUUUUUUUUACGUGAUAAAAAAAAAAUCACUUGAUAAAAAAAUAAAUCACUUGAAACAUACAUCUAUAAUUUUCAUCUGCUUGUAUAGUAUAUAGGCAUGCUGAAACACGUUCUAGAAGCGAACCUUCUUAAGGACAUCAGUGGCGUAAAGAUGGGAGGGGCGGGCUUGAGGGCGCUUGCCCCCCAUAUUUCACGACCAAGAAAAAAAAGAGAAAUGGAAAGAAAAGGAAAGAAAGGAGGAUGAAAUAUGACAGUAUUUUUUAAAUAUUUUAUGUCAAAAUCUAUCACGAAAUUGAAUUUUUGUUAUAAAAAUUUAAAAAAAUUUGCUAGCUCGUGAGCAACUUUUCGAUAAAUUUUGCCCAUAUGUCUGGUUCCCUCCAAUUUUUGGCUCAUUUCGCCACUGAAGGACAUUUAUGCCAUUUUCAUACAUUCUAUUACCAUGCACUACACUAUAAACAAGUUGCAUUAUAUAGAGACUCUUCAAUUUUAUUUUAUCCCAGACAGGUGUAUUUGCACAAAGGAUAAAAGUUAAACUCUUACCUGCUUUACGACCUAUAUAUAUCGAGUAUUAUUGAUCGUUUCAUUCACAUCUUUCUAGUACCAGAAAAGAACGUGCCUCAGGAAUUCUAUCUGUCUUUAGAUUAGCUUUUAAAAGUGUUUAUAACUUUUCGAACUGGGUAUACAAAAAACACUCGGGUGACUACUGAAUUAUUUUGAAUUGAUUUCACCUUCAAAUGAGUAUGACAUGCAGUGCCUGAUUUCAGAAAUGUAAUGAAAUAUAUAUUAUAGACCUACUUUCGUCGUUUAGUAUGAAGUAAACUUACAUGUAUAGACUGAAACAACUGAAAUAUUAAAAUUGCCUUUAGCCUUCUUUAGAACUAAGGUACGACGAACAUAAGAUUUUUCUUCGAAGUACAUAAAAAUUAUUUCCUUCACCAGCUUGCUUAGAAUAAUGUUGUGUAUUUUGCGGACAUUAAACUUUUUGAUAGGCUACAAAAAUACUUGAUUUGGUUCACAAUAUAAGAGUGAUAUACAAUGUUUUUUUUAUUAUAAAGUUUCACCAUGUAGCUACUAUGAGAAUUUAGAAUUGGGUUGUGGAAUUGGAUUGAUAUUUCCCACGUAUACUUUUGCUGGGAGGUGGCUGCAAUCGUAUGUGAAAUAUAAGUAUCUGAUAUUGAUUCGACUUGUUUAUUAGUGAUAUGAAAUAUAAUGAUAAUUUGAUAUUAUUAUUAUUCCGAUGAGACGAUAGCUAUCAUCAUGUAUAUGGCCUAUUUAACAUCAUUGUAUUCUUGUGAGAGAUCGUUAAUUAAAUGAAAGAUGUGCCUUCAAUAGAAAUUAAUUA